AUGGGUGCCAGCGACUCCAAAAUAGGGUUCAAGCAAGGGAUAUUCAGACUGUCAGAGGAGCGGAACAUUGCGGCGCAUGACCCGUAUUGGACCUCAUUCUGGGAACUUCCCGAGUCGUCAGAGGACGUCUUUAGCCUCUUCUCGCCCAACGAUAUUCGUCGAACCCGUGACAAUGCCCUAGAAAACAUCGAAACUCUGAUUAUAACCCUGACAACGCGGAUCUUUAAUUUACGUCACCAUCCAUCCUUUCCAGACGUCGAAAGUGCUCCAGAACGAGACAUUCUAAACUGCAUCAGAGUUCUGACCCGAAUACUGCCAUAUUUGUAUGAAAAAGAAAGCUUGGCAUCAUGGGAAGAGAGAUUCUUUUGGGCUCCACGAAAGAUAAAGGGCCGAACCUCGAAUGCAAACGAAGUGCUGUUUGAUGGAGCUCAGGAUGGGAAAGAGGCGCCGCGGCCCGCAGCAGAAAAGCAUGAAGAACUGAGACCUCUAGCGGAAGAAUUAUUAGAUACGUUGAUCGACCUCCUGUUCUUCUCGGAUUUCACACUGCCCCGCCAGCCAGAUGGGCAGCCCAAGGUCUCAUAUGCCAUAUGGCAGAGCGGGGUUGGAUGCAAUACGGCUGUUGCAACGACAAAGGAAUUUGAAAGCAACCGAUGCGAAAUUCUAAGGCUCAUUAUGACUUUUGCUGGUCAAAGCAUGUACACGACCCCAGCGGUGCUUCCACAGAGGGGAGUUCGGACUCUAACUUACCUCUGCACAUCUUCCGACAAACAAAUAGUGCUUUCAGUGCUAUGCUCUCUUCUAAACACCACAUUGAAAUACAAUCCAGCCAGCUGGCGUGUACCAUAUAACACUCUGGUAUUCAAGGACACCAAGCAAGUGCUUGUGACUUACUCUAUUCACUCCCUAUUGGCCAUGCUCAUAUAUCCCAUACCUGAAGAUGCUUCUUCGACCUCCCACAAGAACUACUAUCGCCAUUUUCUUGGCAGGAUACAUCGCCCCCAAGACUUCCAGUUCAUAGUUGAUGGGAUGACGCGGAUACUCAACCAACCACUUCAGGAGAAAAGUUCUUAUCUCCCUAGCUCUCAAGCUUCUUCGAACCUAGCUCCAGAGGUUCUAAUGCUUUUCUGGGAGUUGACUCAAUGCAACAAAAGGUUUCGGUCCUUUAUCAUCGACACUGACAGGGCGCACGACUUUGUUGUAUUAGCCCUGUUCUAUGCUUUGGAGUACAAAAAUGAGGCCUCCAAGCAGGGCGUGGUGCGCAUGUGCGUUUUCCUCUUACAGACUCUAAGCGUGGAGCAAAGCUUUGGGUCUCACCUCAACAAGUCGUUUGAAGGCCAGGAGAGCCUCCCCGCGAGCAUAAGAAUUAAUGGGUUCAGGGGCACUUAUGCCGAUUUCCUUCUACACUCAAUCUACACAUUAAUUACUACAAGCCAAAGCAACUUCGCUCCCGUCUAUCCAGCGCUUCUGGCAAUAAUUCAUAACAUAGCUCCACAUAUUGAGGGCUUGAGCACGUCCAGCAGUUCUCAGCUAAUGCAUCUAUUUUCAUCGAUGUCGUCACCUUCAUUUUUGCUUGCCAACGAGACCAACCAUAGCCUUCUACACUCUCUGUUGGAUUCCAUUAACUCCAUAAUUGAAAACAAAUAUCGCGAGAAUCCCGAGCUAAUAUUAGCCAUCCUCAGAAAUAAGAAACGCAUUGAGGCACUCAGGACAUUUACAUUGGAAAGCGGGCAGGAGGAGAUUGAGAAGAUCAAUAGGAGAAGGAAAGACUCUGGAGGUCACGUCGGGCCUUUUGAUGAUGGAUCUCGACGAAGUUCUGUGGAUAGUCUACGAAGCCCAACCAAUGCUUUAUCCAGGACCCAGUCGUUGGAAGAGACUCCCGAGGAUAGCGCAUUCGCCAUUGGAGACGACGACGACGACGACGAUAGCGAAGAAGAGCCUCAGCCAACCCCAGCGGCGUCAACCGCUAGCGAAAAUCCGUCCCAGGCAUCUUCUACAACCAAUGUCGAAGACGCAGUACCUGUACAGAUGCGAGGAAUGUCAGAAAAGGCACGAGGGAAAAUGCCAGCCAACAUUCAGUCUUUCUCUCGGCAGAAUAGCUCAACAAGCCUAGGGGCAUACUCCACUGCCAAUCAGGCGUAUGGGGGCAACUUUGAGCCGACAGCGCCGUGGAUCGACAGUUGGCUGCCUGAAUUACCUCUGCAUAGUGUCUUGUCCAUUAUUCAGCAGGCAACGAGUCUUCUGCCACGGCAAGUGUCCGCUCGAGAUGCGACACCCGAGACUCUUCGUCGGAUUCAAAAGAUGGACUUUGUUGGUUUAGAGCCAUCUCCCAUCCGAGUUCAGUCGUUUGAGUGGUCUCAGUUGGCACUCGGAUGGUACGAAUCGCUACUUUGGGGAGUCAUCUUUGCCAGUGAGAUGCAGAUUGCAAAGGGUACUAUGGGUAUAUGGAAUGGCACUUCUAUCAAGCUCUUCCGGGUCCAGGAGACGGCGGUGGCAGGUCCCACUCUGACCUCACCUAGAGGGGCUGUGGAUGCUGUUGGAAGCAAUAUCGUCUCGCGAAUUGGCCAAAUCAACCUUCGCGGCGGCCCGGCACCUUCAAAUCCUGCGCCGAACAGAGGUGGACCGAGUACAUGA